AUGGCAACAUCACUGGUCCUUAGGCUCUUCACUGAGCACCACUCACUAACAAGUGUUUCAGUUAAUAAGCAAGUUGGUUCUUACCCUGGACUUUGGAUGCCACGUGAUCUCUGCUGGCCCUGUGGUGAGGGAAACUUUUUUAAGGACAGAAGUGAAACCCAUACUUUAUGCUCAACUAUAGAAGGCAAUCAUGGUGAAACUCUAUCUGCUCCAAACUGGAACUUGAAAUAUGGCAACAGCAGUGUGGAAGAAAAAUUAACUGAUGAAAGUGAUAUAUCAGAAAACGAGAAAGCAAAUGAUACUUUGCUCAGCUAUUUUAAAAAGAUGGACCUGAACUUAAAACCAGAAACAGUAGAAACUGUUGAAGAAUUUUUCACUGAGGAACUAAGUGAAGUAUUUCCAUAUGCUGAUUUCCUUCCUUCUCCUUUCAGCACUCUGGACUUGCCCAAACUAGUGCCCUCGAAAUCUGAAAAUUGGAAAGCCACAAUGGGACCUGCAGAAGGCUCUAAGGAACAGAUAACUCGUUUAAUGGAAAUGGAAAGAUUACAGCAUACGACUAUGCAAAGAGAGAGGCCAAGACUGCAAAGUACCUUCUGUACUCCAGCAGUUACCGAGGGACCCUCUUCCUCCAAAGCAGUACCCAAAAUUAGACAGCCAAAACUUUCUGACUUUGUCUUCAGACGACUUGGGUAGAUAAAAGUCGUGAAAAAGACGAACAAUUCUGGUUCUUGUAUGCUGGAACAAAAUGCUUCAAAAUGGAAUUGGAGCAAUGGCGGCAAAUAUAAAUGGAAUUCUAGACCAUCAUUUCUUAAAAGUUCAUCCACAGCAAAACAAUUGAUUGCAACCUAUGAUGAUGUUCUAUUCACUGAUCCAAGGUUAUGUUUCUAA